AUGAAAUCAUUUGUUUCGAGUAUGAUACGCGCAAACAAACGAAUGAAUGAUGAAAUUAAUGAGUGUUUACGGAUACAGACAAAUAACCACCGAAGAUUUACUACAUUGAAGCAAACUGCUCGUUCGGUUUGUUCAAUACACCCAAGAGCAAUUAAGAAUUACCAAAUGACUCAUAGUCACUCGCUUUCUUUUCCUGAUGAACCCCAUUUAAAACAUCCUAAAGCAAAAAAAGUCGAUGAGGUAAAAGUUGAAAAUCCAUUUCCUUUUCAAGAUAGAUUAACAUAUCAGAACUACAUGUUGCCCCAGCAGCCCAAUAUUGGGGUUAAACGAGCAUUUAACACUGUUGUUACAAAUAGAUAUAUCAAUAAUGAUAUUAAAGCUUUUAUAGAUCAAACAGAAAACCCAGAUGAAUCAAUUACACCACUUUAUGCUCCAUCAAUAGAUCCUGUUCUUCAUGUUGGGAAAUUUCAUAAUGAAGAGAUUAAUUGGGAUAGUUAA